CUGAUUUUUCUUGUCCUGCUAAAUUACAUCAUAAACGAUUACCAAUUGCACAAAGACUACAGACUCGAAUUUCAAACCAGAUGGGAAAAAAUAAAUCAAAAUUCAAGCCUUUCUAUUCAUCCCACAGUCAUGCUUUAUCCAUGCCCAAGUCAUAAAAAUUUAGCCUUUCGGUUGGUUAAGUAAAAUCUACUGAUGGGUACCUUCACAUUUCCAUGACCCCUGACAAUCUGUGUGACUGGUCCUAAUUCACCAACCGAUACCUUGUUUACGGUCAUGCUUUCAGAUGUACAACUAGGAUUACCCAUUUAGUUAGUUUUGGAGUAAGUAAUUACUCUUUAGCGGUCUAACUAAGCAUGGGAAAACGAGAGGGUGACACUGUAAUAGCAUCUUUCACAGAAACACGAGCUGCUGAGUCUUGUAUGCUGUAGGGUGCUUUGUGAAAACAUUUAUGGUUGGCAACUGAACUCACACUUGUUGCGUUCUGUUUUUCAUCACGAGAAACAUAACUGUUUAAGAUUAUCAGAACUCAUUCACGGUUUAAGAUGAUCAUGUUAAGGAAAUGAGAAGGUUGGGAGGGCAGAAUGGAAUGAUGCGCACAGUUUACAGUUUGCAAACUACUCCUGCAGUAGCAGUGCUAGUUUUAUGGACACCAAAGAUCCUGUUAUUUGUUCAGUCAUGAGCUCUCAAGAACUGGUUCCCUUCAGGUUUAUUUGGGGCUUGGCUUUUGUGCUUGUCAUUUUAACUCCUGCUGUCAAAUGUCAAAUCCAAGGUUGCUCUAUUCAGGGUAUUGAUUUGGGGCUGUGUUUCAAUCAAACUAGUAGCUCAUUGUCCAUUAAUAGCACUUGCUGCGAAGUGCUUAACAAAGUUAUACGCAUUGGAUACAAUUGCCUGUGUUUGCUGGCAGCAUCAUACCUUCCUCCCUUGAGCACCUCAAUUAUAUUGCCUUUGCCAAAUUGCUUCAUAUUUGUGCCUCCUUUGACUCUCUGCCAAGUUCCAGCUCCGAAGCCAAUACUGUUUCCACCAAAUAUUCCAGAUGUGCUAGUCUCUCCACCUCCAAGUGAGAUGCAGGUUCAGUUGAACUCAACUAGAGAAGACAACUCUACAGUAGUGGCAACACAGCCACUUUCAUCAACAGAAAAUGUUUUUCCUAAAUUGAUUCUGUCAAGGGAGAACGGAACAUCAAAUGGGAGGGGCAAGACUGAUACGAUUUUGCUCAAACUCUUAGUAUCGUCCUUCGCUUCUUAUGGUUGUAUGUUAUUAGCUUAAUCUUCUCUUCUCAGCCUUAAACAGAAUAAAAGGCAUGUAAAGUUCAAAACAUGCACACCAUCGCUUUACGCUCUCUAAGAUUUUUGGUUAGAAAAUCUUGAGAGCAACGUUGGAUUUUUCUGAUAAUUGUUUUAAUCAUACCAGUCUCUCUAUGGUUUUCUUCAGAUCCUUUUAACCCUUGAAAUCGAUGACUGGUAAUACAAUUACAUUACACUGCUGCGAUCUCCCUCAUUGAAUUUGAACGCAUUGCUUGGUGUUGCACAAAAGGCUGGUGAAAAUUCUGUCUCUUCGUUUCUUUCUCUACAUAUUGUUAAACCUCUGCACACAAAGAAAGCUGACGCUAGAUUUUGAGAUAGGCUCGCUUGGCAGAUUAAAGAAGAACAAAAAGCUCCCUUGAAAGUUCAGGAACUGUUUAGUCAAUGAACAAGCAUUUGCAAGUAGAUGCACAGGAUUUGGCUGCCCCAUACAUAUACUGAUUAACAGCAGAAGUGUGAUAUAACUUGCAAGCUCCAUAUGACAAUUCAACAAAAUGUCAGAUGGGCAGAAUUAAGUUAAUCAACUACACAAUGAAUGCCUGAUUAACACCAAAAAAUGCUAGUGGUAUCAGAAAAAUUCUCUAAUGACUUUUUUUUUUUAUUUUCUUUUUCAACCUUUUAUUUAUUAAAUUAAAGGGAAAAUAGGUGAAACUGAACCUGUUCAUGUAAAUCCCAUAAACCAUCAGAUGCUAACACCACAAACUGUGCAUCAGGCCUCUCCUCUUCCUCAAAAUAUUGACCAUUGAGUGAACUGCUAAGGAUUUAGGGUUUUUUUUUUUUUUUGUAAAAUACAAAUACAGAGAAAUUGAUGGUCCCUCCACUAGAUAAAAAAAAACGCUGCCGUUCAGAAAAGAGUACACUGAUUACAAGGGCAUUUCCGUAAACUCUCGGGAAAGAAAAAACGAAAAUCCCCAUUCCCGCCAUUCAAACUCACUUCCUUUAUAAGGGGAACGCCCAUAACUGAUUAGUAACGAACAAAAACUCACUCUCUCUCUAGACUCACAUGACGAUCAUCAUUUUCCCAGCCGUUUUAAUCUCCAUGCUCCUCCUCCUCUCCGCUGCUGAACCAUCGCCAGCGUCACCACCUGGCUGCAGCGAUGAACUGGUGGCCUUCUCUCCGUGCCUCGGCUACGUCUCGGCACCGCCAAACAGAGUCACAGACACGGCGACUUCUCGGUGCUGCGAUGCCUUCUCUAAGGCAUUCAAUUCCAGUGACGGUAACUGCUUCUGCUACCUAAUCAAGCAGCCUCUAAUCUUCGGAUUCCCAUUGGAUGAAUCCAGAGUGAUUGCUUUGCCUUCUGCUUGCUCUCUAUCAAGUCCUGUAUCUUUGGACUCGCUCUGCUCAGGGUCACCAGCACUGCCCCCUCUCCGAGGCCGGACAGCUUCAAUGCCUGGUCCUGAUGAUCAUCAUCCAUUAGCACCAAGUUUGCCACCAGAAUCUGUUGACGGAUCACCCGCAAGCCCAGUUUCACCUCUAGCACCAGCAUCGCAUUCAUCAGCAGAGAAACACAACAGCAACGGCUGGUUUCUACCUGGAGUCCUAACUUCCAUUGUAAUCUUCAAUCUGUACUGUUGCAAUCAUCGUAUGCUUACCGCUUGAUUGGCAUUUGAACUUUUGUUGUAAAAAGUAUGUCAGUGGAAAUUGGAUGUUCACAGGAAAUUUUGAAUUUUGAGAUGGCAACCGUUGUUAUUAUUAUUGUUAUUUUUUCUUUCCUUUUUGGCAAGAGGUAAAGCAUUCUUUGAGACCUACAGCAACGUCUCAUGAAACCCACUAUUUCUCUUUCAAAUUUUCAAAAUUAUAUAAUGUAAAAGUAAA